UAUUGUUAUAUUAUGAACUUUGUAGCUUUUCAGGAGCUCAUAAAACAAUAAAUUUCUAUUAAAACAUCAAUACAUACACUCUCUCCUUUCCUUAAUCUAUUCCUUUUCUUUCUUUUUAUACAAUCCUUUCUCCCUCCCUCCCUCCCCCAAUGAGCUCACCAAGAAAAUCUCUUAAGCGUAAAUUUACAAUGAAAACUGUACGAUUUGCCUCAGAAGUCACUGUUCUGGAAACAUACUCUGCUGAUGAAUAUGAUCGCUCUGACAUUUUUUCGACUCCUGUGCUUUAUAAAUUAAACCCGACCAUCAAACCACCUCAAUUGACUCUCGAGAUUUUGCCUCAUCUUGUCAAAGACGAAGACAUGAUGUCUAGUCCAGAAAACAGUCCAAACACUCCACCCAUCUUAUCCAUGACUGACCAUUACUUUGGACAAAAGAAAAGAAAGAAAUUACAACGACCUAAGCUUACUAUAGACACCAACAUUUGCUCAGAUCCUUUAUUUUUCACUUGUUUAUCGACAAACUACAAAAACGAUACCUCGAGCACUGAUGAUUUUCUAGUGCCUACCAUUCUGUAAAAUGUAUCAAAAUAAAAUGUAACACAAGUGUUACAACAGAUUUAUAUUUUUAAUUGAAUUAUUUAUUUUUAUACAAUAAAAACAUGUUAUAUUCUAGGAUUUGUU